CGCAUACUACGCUUGACUACACGCUGCUUACAAGCGUGCUGACUCUGAGUUCCCAUCCUACGUCGACUGGCAUUCCCUCAGUGAUUCAAUAUUCAGGUGCGUUGCUUUUACAGCGUCAUGAGGUAACGACCAUGGGCGACCUGCGAAGUGGUUCCGAACAUAAAUAUGCCGGUGUGUACUGGCGUGGUUCUCCACCAUACGGCACUCCCCCCUCCCCUCUCUCUGCGAGCACCCGAACUCCUGCUAGGUUGAAAAUCGGCAAUGUCAUCUGUUCCGAAAGUCUGGUUCAUCACUGGUAGUUCGUCGGGUUUUGGCCUGGCCUCUACCGAAUUAGCUCUUCAAAGAGGCGACAAGGUGGUCGCCACUCUGCGAAAACCCGCCGUUUCGGCCGACUUGGUUUCAAAGUACCCAGAUACGCUUUUAUUGCUCAAACUAGACGUUGCACAGCCAGAGGAAGUCAAAUCGACCUUCGCGACUGCCCGCGAGAGGUUCGGUCGCAUCGAUGUCGUUUUGAGCAAUGCAGGAUAUGGCGUCAUCUCUGAGAUUAAAGGAGCCUCUGAGAAGAACGCGCGUGGCCUGUUCGAAACGAACUUUUGGGGAGCGUCAUACGUCUGUAGAGAGGCUGUCAAGUUUUUCCGUGAAGAUGAAUCGACCUGUCGGUGGCAGAUUGAUACAGGUCUCAGUCAGUGUUUGGUAUUGCAUCGAGCCCGGGAUCGGCAUGGUAUUGUGCAUCGAAAUUCGCUAUCGAAGCACUGGCGGAAGCCCUCGCAGCUGAAGUCUCCAAGCUGGAAUAUCAAGGUGACCAUUGUAGAACCUGGACCGUUCUGUACCAACUGUCCGACCACGAAUAUGGUCACUGAGCCCAUCCAUCCGGUGUAUAACGAUCCUGUGCUACCUUCGAUGCAGCUCCGAAAUGUGAUGUCGAACACAGAUACAGCAUUUACGGGGGAUCCAACCAAGCUUGCGGAAGCUAUCUACAAACUAGUUUAUUUGGGAGAUCCUCCUUUGAGACUGCCCCUCCACAACAUUACUGUGGAAACUCUCAAGGAAAAGGGUCACCAUUUAAUCGAUACCGCAGAUACAUGGGCCUCUUGGUCUGAAGAUAUGUAUGUGAAGGAGUGAAAGAGGUUGCAGACACCCCUAACUUGGAGCUUGGCACCGCAAAGUACAAAGUGUUCAGUUCGUGCCUUAGAAUUAUGUUCCAUACGAUGGCGUCAGGUUCCCCUCCUACAGAGGGUGAAGUCGACUUUGAGUCGUGACAUUUCCCUGCAAUGCAU